AUGCCAUCAACCCAUAAUCGUGAUAAACCAUGGGAUACCCCAGAUAUAGAUAAAUGGGCAUUAGAAGAAUUCAAACCAGAACAUAAUGCUUCAGGACUACAUUUUACAGAAGAAUCAUCAUUUAUGACAUUAUUUCCAAAAUAUAGAGAGCAAUAUCUUAGAAGUAUAUGGAGUGAUAUAACAAAAGCAUUAGAUAGACAUCAUAUAAAAUGUGAAUUAGAUUUAGUUGAAGGUUCAAUGUCUGUUAAAACCACCACCAAGACUUUUGAUCCUGCAAUGAUUAUCAAGGCAAGAGAUUUAAUAAAAUUAUUAGCAAGAUCAGUACCAUUCCCACAAGCUGUUAAAAUUUUACAAGAUGAUAUAGCUUGUGAUGUUAUAAAAAUUGGUAAUUUUGUUACAAAUAAAGAUAGAUUUAUAAAAAGAAGACAAAGAUUAGUUGGACCGAAUGGUAAUACAUUAAAAGCUUUGGAAUUAUUAACGAAUUGUUAUAUAUUAGUCCAAGGUAAUACAGUAAGUGCAAUGGGACCUUUUAAAGGUUUAAAAGAAGUAAGAAGAGUAGUUGAAGAUUGUAUGAAAAAUAUUCAUCCAAUAUAUUAUAUAAAAGAAUUAAUGAUAAAACAAGAAUUAAGUAAAAAUCCAGAUUUAGCAAAUGAGGAUUGGUCAAGAUUUUUACCAAGUUUCAAAAAGAGAAAUGUUGCAAGAAAGAAAACAUCCAAGAAAAUUGAGAAGAAAAUAUAUACUCCAUUCCCACCAGCUCAACAACCUCGUAAAAUUGAUUUACAAAUUGAAAGUGGUGAGUAUUUCCUUGGUAAGAGAGAGCGUGAAUUAAAGAAAAAACAAGAGAAACGUGCAUUACAGGAAGAGAAUAGUGAAUUAAGAAGAAAAGAAAGAGCUAAAGAUUAUAUAGCUCCAGAGGAGUAA